CAAACUGCGACUUUGCGGAGUUCUAGCUCGUACAAAUGUCCUUGCAUUCAAACCAACCACGCUGUCUACUACUCGUACUCGUACUCUUCCACCUCUAUCAAUCAUUCUCUCUAUUCUCCCUGUGAGAAUGCUACAAGGCCACGACCACCUUCGACAUGGACAACACGGGUGAGAAUGCUUCUGGUCCAUCCAGUCAGCCUCCCUCCGACGCCGUCUCACUUCCACCAGACCAUGUCAGCCUGAGAGUCACGUACCUUGUGACUGGCAACCCUAGACCGCCUCAUCCUCUCGGAGUCCUGCCCUUGACUACCUCGAUAUCGACUUUGAAGGACAAGAUACAAGCCGAGCUACCAGAACACCCGUCUCCGUCGGAACAGCGUCUCAUUUACCAGGGGAGACCACUGCUGCGAAACGAUGCCACUUUGCGGGAAGUGCUCAGGAUUGAGCCUGGCAACUCACCGGGUCCUCUACCAUACACCCUUCAUAUCGUCGUUCAACCUCGCCAGAACGCGGCCGCAACAACAGAUAAUUGGAUCUCUGCCCCAUCCGCAGAUCCCAUUCAACCCCCUCCAGCUAACCCGGACCACUCGCGUAUGAAUCACAUAAGAGCAGUUGAAAAUUCUGCAACAAGACUCCAAGAAUCACUGGCUCGCAUCCAACAACAGAUUGAGGUCAACAGAGCUGAUCUCCUUGCUGUGCAACAGAGAAUCGGCAUGCAACAUAACAACCUGGGAAUCCCCGUGAACGGUGCUGUACGUUCGCCAACAAUACAUCCAGCUGGUAACGCCCCUGCCCUGCCAGUGCCAUUGCCCGUGAACUUCCAAAAUCUCCGACCUCAACCAUCACAAUUUGCUGCAAUUCCGCCUGGCCACUUCGGGUGGCACCCAAGAACACAAAAUACCGCAAACAACAAUACUCGAACACAACAGACCCUCAACGUGAGUGUGAGCCCACACGACCCAUCACAUCCGAACGGGCAAGUGUCUCAGCCCAGUGUGCAGGAAUUUCGAGGGCCGAAUGGAGAGCACGUUACGGUCAUGACGAGUUCAAUGACUAUACCAAUGACUCUCCCGCGACCCGCUUCUGCACCCGGUCAGCCUGCUUCUCGAGGACCUGCGGCGGCACCACAGCCAUCACAAACACCACAGCCAUCACAUACACCACACCCUGCUCCUUCUAAUCCAACAGCAACACGCCCUCAACCGCCUCCCUUGCCAUUCUCUGGAUUUCCAACUCACUUACCCACCCCAUUUUCCCAGAACAGACAAUUUCAACCACAGCCUUCUACUUCUAAUCCAACAGCUUGGAUCCUGUCUUCACCCGCUGGCCCUCAGGGUUUCUUGUUCUCUCCUGGUCAUGGCUAUUUCUCCACCACGCAGUCUUCUGUCCAACAGCAAUCCAUUACGCCUCAAGUAGCACCUGUAGAAAUGCCAGGUCUAGCACCUGUAGCAGAACCAACACAACAGCAACCACGGGCUCAGAUGGACGGUGCCGGUGAUGGCAACCCAGACGGUGCCCUAGUUAGAGGAAAUCAGGGACCCGCUCAACCGCCACUCGUGCAAGUCCAGCAGAAUGCAGAAGAUAAUGACCUCUUCGGAUUCCUGAUCCAACGAGGCUGGCUCUUCCUAAGACUCUACCUCUUCAUGUUCGUAUUUUCUGAACCUGGAACCUGGAAGAGAUGGGCAAUGAUCAUCAUUGCGGUCAUUGUCUGCCUACAGCCUAGAGAUGGUCCUUUCGUCCGUGCAAUGCAGGCUGCACGUCGACAUCUCGACAACUUGAUCGGCCCGCCAGCACCACAAAGACAACCUGAGCCCGCCGCACAGAGACAGCCGCGGCCUGCAGAAAAUGCUAUCAAUCAGACGACUCAUCGCCCUGCCAAUGUCCGCGGAGCUGUGCAGAUUACUCCUGAAGAGGCUGCGGCUCGCUUGCUUCGUAACAAUCAAGAGCGCAAUCGCGGGUUCUGGCGAGAUAUCUUCUACCGGGUCGAGCAGAGUAUGGCGCUUUUUCUGGCCAGUCUGAUCCCUGGUGUAGGCGAAAGACAUGUCAUGGCACGCGAGGAGGCCAGGAGGGAAGCGCAACGACAGGAAGAAGAGAGACGACGUGCGGCGGAGGCUGCCGCGCAACUGCAAGCCACCGAUGAGGGCAGUAAUCAGGCUCAUGAGAAUGCGGAUCAGGUCGUUGCUGGUGUCGGCUCCGAGGUGAAAGUUGAUAGACCUGAGGAGCCGAGCACCUCGACUUCUGUGCAAGUGCGAGAUGCGGUUGGCGAGGCUGGGGAAUUGAGGAACCGGACGGUCUGAUAAUCUUGGGAAUGGCAUACAGGAAUCUCUUACCUCAUGAAUGUACUACCACACUUGGACCACAGUUUUCAGGCUGGGCAGACAGGUCUUCAGUUUGAUGGCUUGAUAGAGUGACGAUACUAUAUUUCGACAUUGUGCCUAAAAUUUGUGAUACACGUACUAUACAAG